UUAGCCAUGCGACUCCAGCACAUGCCGUAGCGCGAGGCACGACGAGGCCAGACAGGUACCAUCCCGUUUGCUAACCGGAUGGACGAUCGCCGCGCGGUACAGAUCGGUGCGAGCGCGUAAGAGUCAUCAGACGAGGAGAUCGCCGUAAACGAGAGUGCCCUCGUGGAUUUCGCCGGCGAGUACACCCGGGUCUCUAUCUCUCUCUCUUUCCUGAGGGAUCGCCAAUGCUGACACGGUCGAAGAGUGCUUGGCAGCCGCACGACAUUGAGGGAAUUCCCACGAGGAUCGCGGGGAUCGGCGCACCGGUUCGAAAUUCGACUUGGAUCUCGAUGCGUGAUCGGCGCAGGUAGAUCCGCGAUUCGCAAUUUACGCAGCGCACGAUUCGCGUCGUCGGGUCGACCCGCGAAGAAGUUCAGUGAGGAAGUGAUUGAGCGGACGGUAGAGGCAACGGUGAGCCCAGCAGGAAGAAGAAGAAGGCACGCAGAAGGGACGAUUCAGCGAGGGCAAGGUCGUGUUUCCUCUCUGACGCGGAAGCAGACCUACGGAGCGGGCUCAUCUGCCGGAAUUAAAGCGACGUUAUGAGACGCGCUUGACGCGCGGGCCCUCUCGCUUGCAAGCAAGGUUAAUGCGCUGCACGAUGGCUUCUGGAAAAGGUGUCUGUCUACUGUUCGUCCUCCUCACUCUGACAUAUGUUUCCUCUCAUUCGUGGACGCCCCAGAAUGAAGGUAGAAAGCUGUUCGGUGGCUACACGAUAGUGCCGAAGGUGUGCCGGCCUACGAUACCGUCGCGCGUCAAGUCGAGCGAGCCGGCGAUAUGCAUGUUCAAUUAUGAAUGCACGCGGCGCAAUGGCGAGGUCGUCGGCGCCUGCAUGGACGGCUUCCUCUUCGGUGCGUGCUGCCAAUUGCCGCCGAGAAGCCCGGCGAACGGAAACAGCGACUUGCCCGGCACCGAAGAGCUCCUUGGUCUGCACCAGAUCGACCACGUACCCGACAUACCCAUCCUACUGAACCCAGACGGCACGCCAGUCGGCAUGUCGGUGCCGCCGAGCGGCGAAAUCACGAAGACUGGCAAGCCGAGCGUCUCGAAUCACUUGAACGGCGCCGAGACCGCGUACACGAAGAUUUCCAGCUCAAAUCAGGCCUCGUCGCACGUGGCGCCGAGCAAUCCCGAGAAAACGCAGACGCAAGUAGACGUCAGCCAGCUGGUUGAGGACUUCCCGGCGCUUCUGGGCCAGCAGGAGAUCAUCGACGACCUGCGACUGCCGGGAUUACUGACUCAUUCGGAUUCCAACAACGACAUCCAGGACCACCAAGAUCCUUCCGCGGUGAAUCCGGUCACCACGCUGUUGAGCCCCGAUCAGAUCUUGCAGAUAGCGGACCCAGUGGAUCAGCUGCCGGCUCUGUUCUCUCAGGGAAUCGGCACGAACAAUCAUAGCGAUCCCGAGACGAUACUGCUGAACGAGAACGGCACGAUACUGCAGGAGGAGUCGUACAAUCCGGACGAGAUCUUCCGACCCGCCACUGAAACGUCGGUCGAUAAGGUCACGCAGACUGGCGGCAGCACGGGCGUUUGGGUGAAAUUCAGCGAGCGACCCGCGUUUCUCACGACCAAGUCGACGCAAGGCAUGAAAUCGUCCACGACGCCGAUGAUGACGAAGAUGCCCAUGGUGACCCAUAUGUACGCAAACGCGCAGAAACUUACGAGCGACCCGCCCAGCACGCAGCUGGCCAUGACCAAUAGCUACGAGAAGCUGAGCACGGCUGAGAAGAAAGUAUCCACGAGAAUAGCGAACGACGCGAGCUCGAUGACACUCGAGGUCACCACGCCGAUGAGCGCGUCGAGCGUGAACGACGACGAGUUGGUGAAGGUGCCGACCAUCAUCUACGACAUGCCAUCCGGUAAUAAAAAGAAGGACGACGUGCUGGAUAAGGAAGAAAUCGCUAUCAAUCACAUCAUUACAAUCUUGAACGACACGGCACCGAGCCCGGAUGUGUCGAUGACGCUCCAGGUGCCCAACUCUUCCCCCGUUCAGGGUUGGGUGAGCAUCGAUGAGAUGUCCAAGCCCGCCCACACUAAAAUUACUUCUUUAAACUACCGCCUCACAACCCCCGCAAGCCCCUCGACCUUUCCUUACGCAUACUACAAGCCCGGCUCGCUACACAGACCAUCCUCGACAUACUACAAUUACGAGCUCGUUCCUACGCCCGGCGCAGAGACCACCUACGCUUCGCAUCCGACCUCCAGCAGCCCGUAUGUCUCGCGACCUUCCACGCAGACGACCUACGAUGCCUCCAGCAGCUUCAGCCAAUCUAAACGACCGACAACGAACCCGCCGGCGCCGACGGUGAUAGUUCUCGGACCGCUCGGCACGGGAUUCACCACAGAGACGACCCAGAAGCCGGUCACGAGGAAGCCCUCAGGCGGUGGCACUAAGCCGAUCAAGACCACCCCCGUCAGACCCACGAUCGUCAGCACUAAGAAACCUAGCGUGUCCACCACGAUCACUCAUAACAUCAGCACCGUUAUCUCCAACGUCGCCAACAACAACGUGGUCUCUACUAGUUACAUCAGCGUCAAUCUCAAGGAGGGCACCAGCAGCGCGAGACCGAGCGUCGACGUCAGCACCGAGUCAAUUCAAUCGGUGACCAACACCAAGAUCCGACCGAGCACUAGGAAACCCAUCUGGACAACGAUCUCCUCGUGGUCCAACAAGCCGACGUUCAAUCUGAAGCCUUCGGUGCCCAACUUCAGCUGGACGGAUGAGAAGCUGACGCCGAUCGACCAGAUAGUGCUGAAGGACACCACGGACAGUGCCAAUCGCGACACCACGAGGUUCACCACCACCUCACCCUGCGACGCCGAGACAGAGAACCCGACAGCGGCGCCCGACGACCUCAGCAACUUCCCGCCCGUGCGUAAUCCGAAUUUUAACGUUUCCGCGCCGAUCUCGCAGCAAGAGAAACCAACGAUCGUCGAAACAUACAACAACACCGGCUACCCGGACAUUGAACUGAUUAGUGAGAACGACAUUCCGACACCUGCAUUUAUCGAGGACGAUGUUCUCACCAACAAGGUGGACGCCUUCGUUAACAAGAUCGUCGAGUCGCUGCAGGGCAAUUUCCAGGGUCUAAAGAACGUAGUCUACACCGGCAACAGCACAACAACAACUUUGGCAACACCCGCCAACACCGUAACGAGACGGCCGACAGUCGGAACGAGCAGCACGACGAGGAAACCGACGCGAAGAGCCACGACCAAAGCGCCGUUGUCAUCGGUAACAACGAAGAAGCCGUCAGUGAGCACGAAGAGGCCCACUCGUCCCACUCAGAGACCGUCUUCGGCCGAAAAGCCAACGCGGCCCACCAAAGUGACUACUACGAAACUCAAACCGAGCACGUCGCAGAGUAUCACAACCAAGAGACCUCAGACAACGACGAAGCGUCCGAAACCGACCAGAAAAGUCACCACCACAACACCGUCCACCAGCACGGAAACGACCGUACUCGAGGAACAGAGUUUGAACGUGACCGAGAGCAGCAUCACGGAAGCGAAUGCCUCUCCAGAUUUUCGGAAUCAAUGCGGCGUAAGACCCCUGAUGGAAAGAACGGCGAAGAUAGUCGGCGGCAAAGGAGCAAAAUUCGGGGAAUGGCCAUGGCAGGUUUUGGUUCGCGAGGCCACCUGGCUCGGUCUGUUCACGAAGAAUAAAUGCGGCGGUGUGCUUAUCACCGAUAAGUACGUGAUAACAGCGGCCCAUUGUCAACCAGGCUUCCUGGCAUCUUUGGUCGCCGUGUUCGGUGAGUUCGACAUCUCGGGCGAGCUGGAGAGCAAACGCAGCGUGACGAAGAACGUGCGCCGCGUGAUCGUGAACCGCGGCUACGAUCCGGCGACAUUCGAGAAUGACCUGGCGCUACUCGAGCUGGAGUCACCGGUGCAAUUCGACGAGCACAUCGUGCCGAUCUGCAUGCCGGAGGAAGGCAUCGACUUCACCGGUCAAACGGCGACGGUGACGGGCUGGGGCCGGCUCAAGUACAAUGGUGGCGUGCCGUCGGUGCUGCAAGAGGUCCAGGUGCCCAUAAUGGAGAACUCGAUGUGCCAGGAGAUGUUCCAAACCGCUGGUCACUCAAAACUGAUUCUGGAUAGCUUCCUUUGCGCCGGAUACUCCAACGGCCAGAAAGACUCCUGCGAGGGUGACAGCGGCGGUCCGCUGGUCAUGCAACGGCCGGACGGCAGAUGGUUCUUAGUCGGGACCGUUUCUCAUGGCAUAAAAUGCGCGGCCCCGUAUCUACCGGGUGUGUACAUGAGGACGACCUACUUUAAGCCCUGGCUGCACAGCAUCACCGGCGUCUGAAGGGGGUCUCGUACUCUUUCGGUCGAGUCGCGUUUUACGCGACGUCACGCGCGAGCGGCACCCGUUUGCCAUUCUGUAUAAAUGUACAAAGGAAUACUAAUUUAUUUCUCCCAUUUCCUCGGGUUAGAGCGUGCGAAAGCAAUUAAGUAACACGCCUGCGGAGGAAGCCGCAGUGUCAGAGCGCUGUUUGGAUUUUUAAAUAACAACGAGACAAUCUCGCGUCUUCUCCUCGUACGCGCCGUACGUGCGCGCUUUCCUAUUAGCGCCACGGAAGCGCCCUUACAACACAAGCAACAACUCACACAUCUCGUUCAUACAAGCGGCGAGAAAAAGAGACAGAGAGGGGGAGAAAGGAAGAGAGGGAGAGAGAGGCGCGACACGGUGUUCUCGAGUUAAUUAAACUUCGAAAUAGGAUUCCACGCGGAAGUGGAGCCGCGCGCGAGGAAAUGCCGGCGCACAACCAGUGGCAACGACGUUGCGCUUAUGCGUAUCAAUGUUUAAACUCGUCCUUACGUGUGCAUAUGUGUACGUGUGUGCGUGUGUGUAUGUGUGUGUGCGCGCAUACAGGUACUCUCUCUCACGGAGCCGGAGCUUUGAGGCGGAUUCAGGGUGUGUGCGCAGCUGAAGCCCGCGAGUCAUGAAGUCGGGUACCCGAGGUCCGAGCGACGGAGUCGUCUGUUUACUCGACGUUCUUCCCACGCGAUCGCAGAAGAGGAUGCAAAUGUAACAUACACGGUAUCUCGCUAUUCGCACCGGUGCUCUGCAAGCAACGAGCCUCUCGCGACGAUUUAGAGACGAUACACAGAGGAAAAAAAUACUAGAAAAUUUAUUUAUGGGUUACUUAAGGUCUAUUUCUGUGAAGUGAAGCUCAUUUAUGUGAAAUAAAGUUUGUUCCCGUGAAAUAAUCUGUAUACCGUGCAAAUAAAUUGUCGAGUAUCUCUUUCUCAGUGUAUCUCCUCGGCAAGUAUCUGUUCAGGCUCACGAGACGGAACUCGACCGCCGGACAGUUUGACCGCGGUCGGAAUCCCGACUCCAAGUUUAAUGAAGAUUCAUUCGAAUUCACACUGAGAUAAAAGCGUCACUGUCCGGAAUACGUGCGUGAGCUUUGACGGCGUGUGACCUCGCGCGUUUCAUACCCGACACGAAUAAAUUUCCAGUCACUCCACAUUCCCUCCUCGUAUUUCACACCUCUGUCUCGUCGACGGGGCGCCGACAAUUGUCUCGAACAAUUACAUUUCGCACCAGCUCCGCGUGCACAUACAAUAUAAGUAUAUAAAGACGAGCCGCCCAAACCUCUAUUUAUUAUUCUCUCUUUCCCUCUCUUUUCAUCUCUCGUUGUUAGACGUUAUUUAUUAAAUACAUUUUUUAUACGACACA